CAUUUUGAAAAUUUCAAGUUGGAUUGAAAUUCAUCCAUUUAAUAACGUAUACCUAGUUGUUCUUAUACUGAAUUUAAGACUCAAAUCUGUAAUCACAUUUUGGUACCCUUGUGAUUGGAACAUGAAUUGUUUCUAUCCAUUGAACUGAACUUGAUGACUGACUAAAUCUUUUACGUGUCGGCAUACUGUAAAGGAUUUAAAAGUAGGUAAAUGUCACCUGUCAUCUUUAAACUACUAUCACGGUAAAAUGGAUGUUUGUAUUAAAUCAGAGAUAUAAAUAUUUUUAUUAAAGCUUAAUCUUUCCUGUGUUGAAGAUAAAAUGUUGUCAACAUGUUGUCAGGACCCUAAAGUUUAAAGAAAUGUGAGGGACCAUGGGGUGGUAUUCCACAAGGGUACCGCUGUACAUGGGCUAGUCUUAGAAAGUGUCAUGUAUCCAUGUCUUAUUCCGUAAUACACUCCCUGAUCUUCACUAUAAUUCAAAAUUGUGGUUGGAUAUUGACUAUGGUUGAAGCGAUGGUGAUUUGUUGUUGACCUUUUCUAGUAGUUCUGCACCCUCACAUCAUAUGUUAGUUACAUCAUAUGUUAUGUGUCACCACCACUCUUGUAUUUUUGUUGAGUCAGUGAGCAAUAUAAUUUCUCUACAUUUUUUUCAACUUGCCAUAGAUUUAAUGAUCUAUUCUUGGACUGUAAAUUUGGCAACUUAAAUCAUCGGCUGUGAAGCAGUUAAUUGUUGUAUGUUGUUUGUUUUAGCCUUAUACCAGAGAUUGUUGCACCAUCUGUGGAUUUUAGAUUUGGUCAUCAAAGAUGUACACUUAUAUUGACUCAUUUUUAACUCAUGAAAAUUUGAAGCAUUUUUCAAUCUUCUGAUUCUUUUUUCAUCGUGUCAAUCAAAAGUUAUUAUUCUGUGUUUGGGAACAAUUAUUUUGUACUGCCUUGGUGACGACUUCUGUUAGCUAUUACUGGUGAUGCUGUUCCAGCUCCCUGUACAUCAUUUUUUUGUGAAUGACACAAAUUUUUGGUGAGAGGAAGAAGAGUGAAGGUUAAGGGAGAUGUUGUGUGAUGACUGUGUUUUGGGCAAUUUGCUUGGAGGACAUAGGAGGAUGUUUCAUACAUUUGGGGAAGAGGAGCUGAAGAUUAAGUUUGUCUCUUGUUUGUGAAUUUCGGAUCUUUAUAUGGGUUUGACACCUUAUGAAAAGAAGAAAUAUGUCUGGAAAAUGCUUUACAUUUAUAUGCUGGGCUACGAUGUGGAUUUUGGGCACAUGGAAGCAGUUUCUCUAAUAUCUGCGCCUAAGUAUCCAGAAAAGCAGGUUGGAUACAUUGUAACAGCAUGCUUGCUCAAUGAGAACCAUGAUUUUCUGAGAAUAGCGAUAAAUACCGUGCGCAAUGACAUCAUUGGUCGGAAUGAGACCUUCCAAUGUUUGGCGUUGACUAUGGUUGGGAAUAUUGGUGGCCGAGAAUUUGCGGAGUCAUUAGCACCUGAUGUUCAAAAAUUACUUAUUUCUAGCAGCUACAGACCACUUGUGAGAAAAAAGGCUGCACUAUGUUUAUUGCGCUUGUAUAGAAAAAAUCCUGAUGUUGUGAACGUAGAUGGCUGGGCUGACCGGAUGGCACAACUUUUAGAUGAACGUGAUCUUGGUGUGUUAACAUCAUCUAUGAGCCUUCUUGUUGCCCUUGUAUCAAACCACUAUGAUGCUUACUGGAGUUGUCUGCCAAAAUGCGUUAAAAUAUUAGAACGACUUGCUAGGAACCAGGAUAUUCCACAAGAGUACACCUACUAUGGCAUCCCAUCUCCCUGGCUUCAGGUCAGGACAAUGAGGGCUCUUCAAUAUUUUCCGACUGUCGAAGAUCCAAAUACCAGAAGAUCAUUGUUUGAGGUCUUACAGCGGAUUUUGAUGGGUACUGAUGUUGUGAAAAAUGUUAAUAAGAACAAUGCAUCACAUGCUGUUCUCUUUGAAGCCCUCGCUCUUGUCAUGCAUCUUGAUGCUGAAAAGGAGAUGAUGUCUCAGUGUGUUGCCCUUCUUGGAAAAUUUAUUGCUGUCCGAGAACCAAAUAUCCGAUAUCUUGGUUUGGAAAAUAUGACCCGCAUGUUAAUGGUGACUGAUGUGCAAGAUAUCAUCAAGAGACAUCAGGCUCAGAUCAUCACCUCAUUGAAGGAUCCAGAUAUCAGUAUACGUAGGCGUGCUCUAGACUUGCUUUAUGGUAUGUGUGAUGUUUCAAAUGCAAAAGAUAUAGUUGAAGAAUUAUUGCAGUAUCUUAGCACAGCAGAUUUUGCCAUGCGUGAAGAAUUGUCUCUUAAGGCUGCCAUUCUUGCAGAAAAGUUUGCCCCUGAUCUUUCUUGGUAUGUAGAUGUGAUUCUUCAAUUAAUUGACAAGGCUGGAGACUUUGUUAGUGAUGAUAUAUGGUUUCGUGUUGUGCAAUUUGUUACAAAUAACGAAGACUUACAGCCUUAUGCAGCAGCAAAAGCUAGGGAGUAUUUAGACAAACCUGCUAUACAUGAGACUAUGGUUAAGGUCAGUGCAUAUAUCAUUGGAGAAUUUGGCCACCUUUUGGCCAGACGGCCUGGGUGCAGUCCGAAGGAAUUAUUUAGUGUCAUACAUGAGAAGCUUCCUGCUGUAACGACAUCUACGGUACCUAUUCUUCUUUCAACAUAUGCUAAGAUCUUUAUGCACACUCAACCUCCAGAUCAGGAACUACAGAAUCAGAUCUGGUCAAUUUUCAACAAAUAUGAGAGUUGCAUUGAUGUUGAGAUACAACAAAGAGCUGCUGAAUACCUUGCCUUAAGUAGGAGAGGUGCAGCUCUGGUGGAUAUUUUGGCUGAAAUGCCUAAAUUUCCCGAGCGGCAGUCUGCAUUGAUCAAGAAGGCUGAAGAUACAGAAGUUGAUACAGCAGAACAAAGUGCUAUCAAGUUACGGGCCCAGCAGCAAACAUCGAGUGCUUUGGUUGUGACUGACCAGCACCCUGCUAACGGGACCCCGCCUGUCAACCAGCUUGGUCUUGUCAAGAUGCCUAGCAUGAGCAGUAAUGCGGAUCACAAUUCAACUGACCAAGGGUUGUCUCAGGAAAAUGGUACUUUGAGUCAAGUUGAUCCUCAGGCACCUGCAGCAGAUAUACUUGGUGAUCUAUUGGGUCCCCUGGCUAUUGAAGGCCCUCCCGCUACUGCUGGUGGGCCUCAGCAGAAUGUAAUCCCUGGAUUAGGAGGUGAUCCAGAUGCCGUGGAUGCUUCAGCAAUUGUGCCUGUUGGUGAGGAGCAAAAUUCUGUUCAGCCAAUAGGAAAUAUUGCUGAAAGGUUUCAUGCUCUCUGCUUGAAGGAUAGUGGUGUUCUUUACGAAGAUCCUAAUAUUCAGAUUGGAAUUAAAGCCGAGUGGCGGCUACAUCAAGGAUGUUUUGUUCUUUUCUUGGGAAACAAAAAUACUUCACCACUUGUGUCAGUUCAGGCUAUAAUAUUACCUCCCUCUCAUUUGAAAAUGGAGCUCUCACUAGUACCGGAUACCAUUCCUCCCAGGGCACAGGUACAAUGCCCGCUUGAAGUAGUGAAUCUCAGACCUAGCAGGGAUGUAGCAGCUCUUGAUUUUUCCUACAAGUUUGGUAACAAUAUGGUCAAUGUCAAGCUUCGCCUCCCAGCUGUCUUAAAUAAAUUUCUUCAGCCUAUUCCAGUGUCUGCUGAAGAGUUCUUUCCUCAGUGGAGAUCACUUUCGGGGCCACCUCUGAAGCUUCAAGAAGUGGUUAGAGGUGUCAAACCAAUGCCACUUGUAGAAAUGGCGAAUCUACUUAACAGUUUUCGGUUGAUGGUUUGUCCGGCACUUGACCCAAAUCCAAAUAAUCUUGUUGCAAGUACAACGUUUUACUCAGAAAGUACACGGGCCAUGCUUUGCUUGGUUAGAAUAGAAACAGAUCCAGCAGACAGAACACAGUUGCGUAUGACAGUUGCUUCAGGGGACCCUUCAUUAACGCUCGAGUUGAAGGAGUUCAUCAAGGAACAAUUAGUUAUCAUGCCUACAGCUCGCGCACCUGGACCGGUGCCACCAGCACCUCCAGUAGCUCAACCGACCAGUCCAGUUUCAGCAUUAACGGACCCUGGGGCUAUGCUGGCCGGCUUGCUGUGACAAAGUGAAGGUGAUGUGUGAGGAUUUGUUCAUUAUUAUACACUCGUAAAUCUGAUUUAUACAACCUGCCCAGUGGUCUCUCUCGCGCAAAGUUCAAGUGGUGGACAAAGAAAAUCCCACUGCAAGGGCUAGCGGAAUUGAAGUGUGAGCUGAUUUGUGCGGGCAGCAUUAGUGUGAGUGGAUAUUUCCACGGGUAGUUGGUCGGGGUUUUUAGAUUCUUUAUGUACAAUGCAAUUGUGCCUACGUGAGAAAUUUUCUCGGUUUUGGGGUGAGGGUAUUUUUCUUUUUCUUUCUCGUUUCACAUUUUUUCCCCUUCCCGGCGGCAGCGGAUUGGUUUCUGUAGUUACGGGGACUUGACAGGAGAAUGUAAGAUAUCAUGAAGUAGAUUAGUUGUAGUAGAAGCUUGUAUUUGUUUGUUGCCGAUGCAUAAAUUUGUUAUUCUCAGUAAUACAAACGAUUGGGUGAUGUGCAGUGUGAUAUGUUGCCCCGAACGCCACUCGUUUGUAUAAUACCUUUCUUCUUCUUUC